UUGCAGCAAUCAAGAAACAUUUGUUAUAAUUUUGAGUUAUUCAAUUGUUAUAAAAAAGAUAUAUUUGUAUAUUUAUUGCGACAAAUACAAUUGUGAAGGGAGAGAUAAAACGUGUUACAGAUAAUAUAAUAUUGCUUUCAAAAAAAGGCAUAUUUAAAUGAUGGAACUCGUCAAAGGAGGAAUGGACGAUAGCAUUGACAAAAAAGAUACUAUACCUUCAACAGUUCAAGACUCGGUGAAUACUCAGGAACUGUGCAAAUUGGAUUUGCUUUUAUGCACACUUUGGGAUCAGCAUAAUAAGCCAGAAGCACUAAAAAUGUUAGGUAUUACCCAAGUAGAAAAGCGUCUUCUUAAUGAUUUUGAGGUUAUAUACAAAACCUUUAUGGAACCGAAUGUACUCAACCCUGCAAGCGAUAUGCCAUUUACAGCAUUUAGUUGGUUUAUGGGCGAUACACAAACGCGAAUUGAAUUUGGCAAUAAAUGGAUACGUAAAAUGGAGCAGUGUUCUAGACAUGAUCUUCAUAAAAUUAAAACGAAUCAGGAUUUAAAUGAUUUGAAAGAGCUCAUAACUAAAAUACCUAGAGGCUAUAUUGAUGGAAAUCAAAAAGAUGUGAAAUCUAUAUUAAGAAAUGUGCAGAAAAAUUCAGGCUUAUUAUACAGAUUACAGUAUGAAUUGCGGGCCAAAGAAUUGAAGUUUUAUCAAUUGGAAAUGAAUGCUUCUGAGAUGGAAAUAUUUGUAUCUCCCACUACAAGUCAACAUGCAAUUAAUGAAUUAUACUAUGAUAUUGAAGAUGGCAAAUGGGAGGAAAUACUAAAAAAUGAAAUUGAAAAUUUUAAAACAAAACUGGAUCGCAAAAAUAGUAUGCAGGAGGCUGUUAUGAAGAAGUACGAUGACGAGUGUAAAAUACUUUUGCAAGAAAUAAGUCAGAAAACAAACAAAUUGAAUAAAGAUGUUAAACGUUAUGAAAGAAGGAAUAGAGCUUUACGAAGGGGUAUUGCUUAUGUGAAGAAAAUGCUUAGUAAUGGCAAAGAACAACUGAAGAAUAUGCAUGAGGGAGCGGCUGGAAAAUUUGCAAAAAAUUCUUGCUUAUAUAUCAGUGAUAUUAAGACCAUGCAAGAUAAAAUAAUGAAGAAGUAUCAAAAGCAAUUCAUAUCGAAAUUAUAAGACGCACGCUUUCCAAUUCGCAUUUUACUGAUAUUUUUUAUUAAUUUUUAAUAACGGCAAAAAAUAUAUUUUUUCAGU